AUGAACGUGCUGACAAGAGACGCCAUCAAGUACACACUCAGCAAGAAGCACUACCAGCAGAGCAUACUGCUGUGCAACCUUGCAGAAGAAACUGUAAUCCCAGAGAGCGGUGUGGAGAUACUCGUUGAUUCAGACGUUUUUAAAAAGAUUUUUGAAUUUAUGGAAAGCCACAUGGACGACCAAGAAAUGCCAGAGGACUUUGACACACACGAUGUCCUCUUCACAGAUUUUGACGAGGGCUUUUUUCUCUCGAUAGAAAAAGCGCUUCUUUUCCGCCUUAUUGCAGCUGCAAAUUACCUGAACAUGCCCCUCCUUUUGGAGCUGUGCUGCAAGGUGAUUGCUACGUCUCUGAAAGAGAAAACAACGGAAGAAAUAAAACGGUAUUUGGACAUUCCGGUGAGAAAUGUAAAAAACGAAGUAAAUGUCCAGAAGGAGUACAAGUGGAUAGAUGAAUAA